AUGUCUGGGGCCAAGGCCGUACUCAAGGCCAUUGGCGACUCUGUGAAGCAGCAAAAAUGGGAUGAUGCUAUCCAGAAGGCGACUGAGUUUCUUGAGCGAGAGCCAAAGAACUACCAAGCGACCAUCUUCCUUGCUUUUGCCCUCGACAAGAAGAACCGCGUCGAUGACUCAGAGAAGGCUUACAAGUCUGCGGCUUCGCUACGACCGAAGGACAGCCAGGCGUGGCAAGGUCUCAUCAAGCUCUACGAGAAGCAGGACCGCAAACGCUUAACCGCCUACCAGCAGGCCGCCAUCAGCUUAGCUGAGAUUUACCGAGAUGCAGAAGACAUGUACAAGUGCCAAGAUGUCAUUGAUAAGUUCAUUGACUUUGCGAGGUCUCAAGGGGAUACGUCGCAAUACGUCGAAGCUCUCAGUGUCAUCCUUCCCGGAAGUCCAAUUUACCCUGCUCUCGAAGGUCGCGUCCCGCACCCGGCCAAAACCUACGAGACCAUGGCACAAAUAAUCGAGGUCGACGAGAAGAAGCGGAUAAACACCCUCAUUGGCGAACGACGGACAAGGAUUGGCGCACGCGUGGCCGAGGUCACUCUUGAGGUCAAGCGUGAAGUCAUGGCUCAGAGCAAGCUGGAGUUCGUCUACCACCAGCUGAUCAACUGGACAAAUGAUGACGACCUCCGGCGAAAGUAUGAAGAAAAGCUUCUUCAAUACUGCUAUGACCGUCUGCUGGUUGCACCACAUGGCCCGGAAAAGGGUCAGGCUCUUCAAGCUGUCCUGAAACUGGCGCUUGACAUGGUCAUCAUCAAGCACCCCUUCCGGCUUGCCUGGGAGAUUGCCAUUGACUACAAGGACGCAAAAGAGAUCAAGGAAUGGGACGUCAAUAUGCUGAGAGACUAUUGCUCAUUCUUCCCAGAGACCGAUCUCUACAAAGUCAUCACCGGCUUUCUGACAAGUAGCAUCUCUCCCUUCCCCAAGCCAACACCCGCAGCUCUCGAAGCAGAGGAAACUGAGGAAGAGAGCGAGGACGAUGAGGGUGGUGGCGUAUCUAUGGUGCCGCUCACGGAACAGGAUAGAAUCCUGAUGAUGACGGAGGGCAUCACUACGUCCAACUCACUGUUCGCUCAUCGUUUGAUGGGAGAGUACUACCAGCAUUUGGAGGAACACGAAACGACGGUGGAGCUGAUGCGCAAGUCGAUGGGACACAUCAAGACGGAGAGAAACAAGACUGGCAUGACGUUCCAGAAUACCAAUGAUGCCUUCUCUUUGUACUUGGCAACAGGCUUGGUGUUCUUUCAGUCGCCUAGACACCACACUGAGGCAAAGACGCUGUUUGAAGGGGUUCUAUCACAUGAUCCGUCGUCAACUCCAGCAUUGAUUGGUGUCGGUCUCAUCUACGAAGAGGAGGAGGACUACGACGACGCUAUCGAUUUCUUUGGACGUGCUCUGAAGAGAGAUCCGUCCAACCUGCGGGUUAAGACCGAAUCUGCCUGGGUUCAGGCGCUCAAGGGAGACUAUGACACCGCAAAGGCAGAGCUGGAGGAGUCGCUGCCCCUAAUUGAGGAGUUGCCAACGCCUUCUAAGGAACUUCUCGCACAAACACAGUACCGUCUGGGCUCUUGCAUUUGGAACAUUGAUACAUCCAAGGCAGCCCGCAAGAGCCGCAACGGCGCUUACUUGUACUUCUUGGACGCCUUGAAGAACAAUCUCAACUUUGCGCCCGCCUACACGAGUCUCGGUGUUUACUACGCCGACUACGCCAAGGACAAGAAGAGAGCCAGACGCUGCUUCCAGAAGGCUGUGGAACUCUCUGCCUCCGAAGUCGAAGCCGCCAAGCGUCUUGCCGAGUCCUUUGCCGACGAAGGCGACUGGGACAGAGUCGAGCUCGUGGCUCAACGUGUGGUUGAUUCUGGAAAGGUUAAGCCGCCCCCGGGCUCCAAGAGGAAGGGUAUCAGCUGGCCUUUAUCCGCCCUCGGUGUGGCAGAGCUGAACAAGCAGGACUUUCACAAGUCUAUUGUGUCCUUCCAAUCUGCACUGAGAAUCCACCCAGAGGAUUACCACUCGUGGGUUGGCCUGGGCGAAAGCUACUACUCCUCCGGCCGGUACAUCGCAGCUACCAAGGCGAUUCUCAACGCGCAGAAAUUAGAGGAGACUGCGCCUGCGGAGACUCUGGGCGACACUUGGUUCACCAAGUACAUGCUUGCUAAUGUGAAGCGUGAGCUGGCUGAGUUCGAUGAGGCCAUCGCUCUCUACCAGGAUGUCAUCGACGGCCGCCCUGAUGAGGACGGAGUUGCCAUUGCCCUGAUACAGACCAUGGUCGACAGUGCUCUUGACAGCGUAGAAAAGGGCCUGUUUGGCAAGGCGGUGCACCUCGCCAUCGACACGAUAGACUUUGCCUCAAAGGCCGCUGCUAGCGUCACCGAGACCUUCAACUUCUGGAAGUCGCUCGCUGGUGCUUGUUCCGUCUUCUCCGCAGUGCAAAGCCGAGCAGUCGACUUCCCAGCAGAUGUCAUCAUGACACUCAUCGACAGCGGCGACAAGGAGGCAUAUGAUCUCUUUGCUGACGUGGAUAACGUCGGAACUGGGGUCAUCUCUGCAAAGGGCUUGUUCUCUGAAGACGAGAGACUCGGUGUUACCCUGACAAGAUGCAUCCACGCAACACUCUUGUGUCACAAGCGGGCAAUCCACGUUUCCGCAAACGAUUUGCAUGCCCAAGCAGUGGCAUACUACAACCUUGGCUGGGCCGAGCACCGAGCUCACAUUUGCCUACCCUCGAGCAUCCGGAAGAAGUCGAGCGUUUACUUGAAGACGGCUAUGAAGUGCUUCAAGCGCGCCAUUGAGCUGGAAGCCGGCAACUCGGAUUUCUGGAACUCUCUGGGUGUCGUGACGAGCGAGGUCAGCCCGGCCGUCUCGCAGCACUCGUUCGUCCGCAGCUUACACUUGAACGAGAGAAGCCCGGCAACCUGGACCAACCUCGGUACCCUGGCUCUUCUCCAGAACGACGUGCAGCUCGCGAAUGAAGCCUUUAACAGGGCGCAAUCGACUGAUCCCGACUACGCGCACGCGUGGCUCGGCCAGGGCUUCGUGGCACUUUUGUACGGAAAGGUCAAGGAGGCCAGGGGCUUGUUCACGCACGCCAUGGAGAUCGCCGAGGCGUCUUCAGUCCUCACCAGACGCCAGUACUCGGUGGCGGUGUUCGACUUCAUCCUGGGCACGACAUCCGCGAACGUCGCCUCCCUGAUUCAGCCAAUCUUUGCUCUUGGUCAGCUAAACAGUCUGAAGCCCCAAGACCUCGCCUACGGACACCUGUCGAGCAUGUUCCUGGAGCGGACCCACGAUACCGGCAAAGCAGUGGAGAUGCUCGAGAAGAUCUGCGGCAUCCUGGAGUCCGACUACGAAGACACCGAGUCCCCGCAGGCCCUCGCGCACUUCGCGCUGGCCAAGACCGACCUGGCGCGGUCUUACCUCGCCUCGGGCGCGUUCGAGCAGGCGAUCGAGUGCGGCGAGAUGGCCAUCCAGCUGAGCGCCGACGAGUCCGACAACGAGCUGAGCAAGGAAGAGCGCAAGAAGGCGCGCCUCUCGGCGCACUUGACCGUCGGAUUGGCGCAGUACUACAGUGAGGACGUCAACGAGGCGCUCCUGUGCUUCGAAUCUGCCCUUGAAGAGUCCGACAACCCCGACGCCGUCUGCCUUCUCGCGCAGGUGCUCUGGGCCACGGGCGCCGAAGAGUCCCGCGAAAAGGCCCGCGGCGCGCUCUUCGAGGUCAUUGAGAAGCAGCCCGACCACGUCCAGUCCGUCCUCCUGCUCGGUGUCAUCGCCAUCCUCGACAACGACGAGGAGUCGGUCGAGGCCGUCGUGUCCGAGCUGCAGGGUCUUCGGACCAGCCACAACGUCGGGGACGCGGAACAGUCGCAGAUCGGCGAGGUCCUGAACGCUAUCGCGAAGCUCGGGGACACAAGCAUAGAGGAGGACGUUAUGACCCAGAUCCAGACGGAUAUCAUGCUUUAUCCUCACCUGCCUCACGGCUGGUCGAAUCUGGCUGAGUUUAGCGGGGAGCAGCAUGCUUCUGCGAUGGCGUUGACGGUGGCCAAGAAGGGAGCGCCGCCUAGAGGUACCCUUGAGGCGGAGAGUUUGGCAAAGGCAUAUGCUGGGACGGGAGUUGCGGCGGAUGCCCAGACGGCCAUUUUCUUGGCUCCUUGGAAGCCUGAUGGCUGGAACUCACUGCGAGAGGCUGUGUACGGCAAUUAG